AUGGUUCGUGAUCUCACUAUGUCACUGCCUGAAGCCAAUUAUGUUUCACUGGGUUUGUCAGUAUUUGGUGUGGCAUUUCUCGCGAUUGGUAAAGAUUACGUAAACCCUUGGUUCAGAAAGCGAUCUCCUGUGCCUUUACCUCUUGAGCUUAUUUUGGUUAUAAUAGCCACAAUAUUCUCGAUGGUGAUGGACUUGAAGAGCACUUAUCAUGUGCAAAUUGUCGACUACAUACCGCAAGGGCGAGUGCUCUUCUCUUUCCAGUUUUAUCUGAUCAACUGA